ACAGAAAAGUUGAGUGAGAUUUAUUUUGAAAAUCCGUAACCGGAACUAGCAGUCCUCUCCGUGCCGGAUUGAAAAGCAGCAGCUGGACGUCCGUCAACAAGCUGCAGACUGAACAGUUUAAUCAACCGGUGAGGAGAGCUUUUCAGGAUUUAAUCUCCUCCUGCCCAGGAUGUCUCUGCUGCUCCGGUACAGGAGAUAAUGCUAACACCAUCCAGCUAGGACUCAGAGACAGAAGCUGCUGGUAUCUGGGAUCAUCUGUCUAAUCAGGAGCCUCCAGAGCAGCAUGAGCGACUUAACGGAGUUUGAAAGAUGCCAGAUAGUCGCUGCUCGCCUAUCAGGUGCAUCUGUCACCAAAACCGCUCAGCUGUUCAACGUGGCGAGAGGAACCGUGUCCAGAGUCAUGACCGUCUACAUCAAGCAUGGACGGACGGCGUCGGCCAAGAAGAACAGCGGACGCAAGUCGAAGCUGACGGAGACGGACAGACAGACGCUGCUGAGGAUAGUCGAUGAACAUCCAGAGUUCACGGCCUCUAAAAUCACCUCAGAGCUGAACAGACAUCUCUCCCACACCGUCUCAGUAAAGACCGUACGCCGGGAGCUGCACAAAGCCGGGAUUUUUAGAGGAGCAGCCGGCCGGAAACCAGAGACAGAAACUGAAACAGGAAAACCAGACAGAAACUCUGAAUCUGAGGAAGAGACUCCUGGAGAAGAACACUCCAGACCUGAAACACAAACAGAGAGCUGGAUAAAGAAGCCUGUUGGAGAUGACACCAUGUCUGCACUCCAGACCCGAGUCCAACAUGGAUACAACCCAGGAACAUCUGGACACGGAUACGACACAGGAACAUCUGGACACGGAUACGACACGGGAACAUCUGCACAGUCUGAACCUGGAGCUGCUGAAGAACACUUUAUCGCACACAGGUCUGCUGAAAACAGCUCAAAUCUGGAAUCCCAGACACAUGAAAAACAUCACAACUUCCAGAAGUAUCACGACGAGACUAAACAGCCUGAACCUCCGACUAGUUAAAGGACCAACGUUGUUUUUGUGUUCUAUUUCAGUCUUUCUAAAGCCCUGUACACACUGUGUGAUUUUCAGCCGUCCAAGCCCAAAGCUAACAAUCAUAAGAGAAUGGUGGAGAUAUCUUUGGUCUUGACUCUAAAUCGGUGGUGCUACGUCGCACUGUGAGACAGGUUCAAGGUCGAGGUGAUCAUCUCACAGUGUGACAACAACUAACUAACCAAUAGAAAUGCAGGAUGAAAUGACGGACUGAUCAAUAAACCCAAAUAGAUGAUUUGUGGCGACAAUGGCAAAAUGCAUCAAAACCAGAAUGUGGGAUUUAAACAGAGACGACAGCCUAAUACAUUGCAUUAAAUCUUUCUAAGACGCUGUUUAUCUUAAAACGUCUCGAUAGUCAUCACAUUCAUUUUGUUUAUGUUUACAUGUAGUUUGUUUUGUUUGAAAAUGACAGACCGUAACAAUAAAUACAGUAGUUUUGAGUUCUUUUGUUCAGACAUAAGGUGAUAAGAUAGAUGCUGACUACCUUGACAGUUCCGGCGAGCAGCUCUUCAGAACUCAAAACUACUGCAUUAAAUAGAAGACAUGAUGAACGUUUUUGAGACACAGCAGUAGAUGCUAAUGUAAAAUGCUAGUAGAUGCUAACAAGUAUUUACUUCAAGCUCCCUUUGUAAAAUUGUCCUCUCUUUCCGAGGCAUGACCGUGUCCAUAUCCUCCUCCUCCUCCUCAUUUUUUUGGGAUUUGUCUCCAAACACAUAAAUGUCAGCAGGGCGAGGGCUCUGUUCAUGUUUGGCUAGUUUCCGUGUGAUUGUAGGGCUCUGUUCAUGUUUGGCUAGUUUCCCUGUGAUUGUAGGGCUCCGUUCAUGUUUGGCUAGUUUCCCUGUGAUUGUAGGGCUCUGUUCAUGUCUGGCUAGUUUCCCUGUGACUGUAGGGUUCAUGUUUGGCUAGUUUCCCUGUGAUUGUAGGGCUCCGUUCAUGUUUGGCUAGUUUCCCUGUGAUUGUAGGGCUCCGUUCAUGUUUGGCUAGUUUCCCUGUGAUUGUAGGGCUCCGUUCAUGUUUGGCUAGUUUCCCUGUGAUUGUAGGGCUCCGUUCAUGUUUGGCUAGUUUCCCUGUGAUUGUAGGGCUCUGUUCAUGUUUGGCUAGUUUCCCUGUGACUGUAGGGUUCAUGUCUGGGUAGUUUCCCUGUGAUUGUAGGGUUCAUGUCUGGGUAGUUUCCCUGUGAUUGUAGGGUUCAUGUCUGGGUAGUUUCCCUGUGAUUGUAGGGUUCAUGUCUGGGUAGUUUCCCUGUGACUGUAGGGUUCAUGUCUGGGUAGUUUCCCUGUGAUUGUAGGGUUCAUGUCUGGGUAGUUUCCCUGUGACUGUAGGGUUCAUGUCUGGGUAGUUUCCCUGUGAUUGUAGGGUUCAUGUCUGGGUAGUUUCCCUGUGAUUGUAGGGUUCAUGUCUGGCUAGUUUCCCUGUGAUUGUAGGGUUCAUGUCUGGGUAGUUUCCCUGUGACUGUAGGGUUCAUGUCUGGGUAGUUUCCCUGUGAUUGUAGGGUUCAUGUCUGGGUAGUUUCCCUGUGAUUGUAGGGCUCAUGUUUGAUAAGAUAAGAUAAGAUAAGAUAAAGUUCUUUAUUUCUCCCCACUCCAGGGGAAAUUUACAUUGUUACAGCAGCUUUAUUUACAAUAUAUACAAGGGUGGCAAAAUUUUUUAACAGAAAAAAUAAAAAUAAAAAUAAAGUUUAAAAGUGCAGAGAUGUGCAGUGCAAGAAUGUCAGUGCAAAUUUUGUGGUUUGGGGUGGUAAUGAUAUAGUCCAGUUUAUGUUAACAUCAGCCAGUGAUGCUGAUGUUGUAAAGUCUUAUAGCAGAUGGAAUGAAGGACCUGUGAUAGCGUUCCUUCUUGCAGGGUGGAUGUCUCAGUCUGCUGCUGAAGGAGCUGCUUAAAGACCCCACAGUGUCAUGCAGUGGGUGAGAGGGAUUGUCCAUGACGGAUGUGAGCUUUGCCAACAUCCUCCUCUCACCCACCUCCUCUAUGGAGUCCAGGGAACAGUCCAGGACAGAACCUCCUCCUGACCUUCUGUUUAGUCUCUUUCUGUCCCUUUCAGUGCUCCCUGCUCCCCAGCAGACCACUGCAUAGAAAAUAGCAGACGCUACCACAGAGUCGUAGAAUGUCCUGAGCAGAGUCCUGCACACUCCAAAGGACCUCAGUCUCCUCAGCAGGUGGAGACGACUUUGGCCCUUCUUGUACAGAACCUCUGUAUUGUGUGUCCAGUCCAGUUUAUUAUUGAGGUGAACACCCAGGUAUUUGUAUGUGUCCACCAUGUCAAUGUCCAAACCCUGGAUGUUCACCGGUGCAGUCCGGGGUGUCCUCCUCCUGCGGAAGUCCACGAUCAUCUCCUUCAUCUUACUGGCGUUGAGCUGCAGAUGGUUUCGCUCACACCAGUCCACAAAGUCAGAGAUGACCAUCCUGUACUCCCGCUCGUCCCCCUCAGAUACCCAACAAUGGCUGUAUCAUCGGAGAACUUCUGGAGGUGACAGCUCCCAGAGUUGUAGUGGAAGUCCGAUGUGUACAGGGUGAAGAGAAAGGGGGAGAGCACUGUCCCCUGUGGACCUCCAUGCUGCUGACUACCACAUCAGACACACAGUCCUGAAGCCUCACGUACUGUGGUCUGUUGGUGAGGUAGUCGAUGGUCCAAGCAGCCAGGUGACAGUCUACUCCUGCUCCUUCAAGCUUCACCCUGAGCAGAGAAGGCUGGAUGGUGUUGAAAGCACUGGAGAAGUCAAAGAACAUGACCCUCACAGUGCUGCUGGGUUUCUCCAGAUGAGUCAGUGAUCUGUGCAGCAGGUAGACGACUGCAUUAUCCACUCCAAUGUUCGGUUGGUAAGCGAACUGCAGUGGAUCCAGAUACUGGCUCACCUGGGGACGGAGGUUCCUGAGGACGAUCCUCUCCAUGGUCUUCAUCAGGUGAGAAGUGAGGGCCACAGGUCUGAAGUGGUUAGGCUCCCUGGGGUUCCUGGUCUUAGAGACAGGAACCAGGCAGGCUAGUUUGGCUAGUUUCCCUGUGAUUGUAGGGUUCAUGUUUGGCUAGUUUCCCUGUGAUUGUAGGGUUCAUGUCUGGCUAGUUUCCCUGUGACUGUAGGGUUCAUGUCUGGGUAGUUUCCCUGUGAUUGUAGGGUUCAUGUUUGGCUAGUUUCCCUGUGACUGUAGGGUUCAUAUUUGGCUAGUUUCCCUGUGAUUGUAGGGUUCAUGUCUGGGUAGUUUCCCUGUGAUUGUAGGGUUCAUAUUUGGCUAGUUUCCCUGUGACUGUAGGGUUCAUAUUUGGCUAGUUUCCCUGUGAUUGUAGGGUUCAUGUCUGGGUAGUUUCCCUGUGAUUGUAGGGUUCAUGUCUGGCUAGUUUCCCUGUGACUGUAGGGUUCAUAUUUGGCUAGUUUCCCUGUGAUUGUAGGGCUCAUGUUUGGCUAGUUUCCCUGUGAUUGUAGGGUUCAUGUCUGGCUAGUUUCCCUGUGAUUGUAGGGCUCAUGUUUGGCUAGUUUCCCUGUGAUUGUAGGGUUCAUGUAUGGCUAGUUUCCCUGUGAUUGUGGGAGCUCCGUUUAUGCUUCAGUUGUUUAUUUUUCAUGGAUGGACGGCUCACGCUGAUGACGUUUUAUUCUUCGUUCACGUCGACUCACGUACAUCGUAAGCUGAGAUUCAGCUGCGUUUUCAUCGUUAAUCUGCACACAGCAAACUUCACGUCAUGCCCAAAGAUUAUUAGAUUCAUGUUGUACAGUGUCAGAUUGUUAAAAUCACACAGUGUGUAGAGGCUUUAAUACAUCUAGAAUGUUCAUGUUGAGAAAAACCACAGAAUGCCUUCAUCCUUUAAUGUGCUCAUGGAUUAGAAUGAACUUUUAAAGAUUUAUUUAUUUAUUUAUUGUGUGACUGCCUCGCCGUGCUGCAUUCAGUCCAUUUUUCUUUAUGAACAAACAUUUUAACUUUGAAUGUAGAUUUUUAAAACUUGCUCUAAAUCGAUAAAAUCAUCCAUGCUGGAGAUGUGAAAUAGUAUUUGGUGAUGUUCAGUUAAAAAACAAUCAGCAACAAUCACAUAAUGGAUUGAAAUAUUCACAGUUUGCUUUCAUUGUCAGUCCAGGCUGAAAAUGUCUGCUGUCUCUCAGCACAUCUGAUCGUUCGUGUUGUUCUGUAAAGCAUGGCCUUUUUCAGUUUGUGUUUAUCAAUAAUAAACUCUUGUGGUUUUGCUUCACUAAA